AACAACCAGCCAUCUUCUAAGAUUUCAGGAUCCCCAGAUGGCGACCUUCACCCCAGCUGAAGAAUCGUCCCAGGAAUAUGAAUCACGAAUGAAAGAAAUAAACGAGUUCAUGGAAUCCGGUGUUGGAGUUAAAGGGCUUGUUGACUCUGGAGUCACUAAGCUCCCCAGAUUCUUCGUCCGCCCGCUGGAGAAAUCACCGCAGCCGUCGUUGGAGGAUGUCCAAUUCCAGGUUCCUGUAAUUGAUCUCAAGGGGAUCGAGAACGGCCGCCGAGCCGAGAUAGUGAGUCAAAUACGCGAUGCGGCUGAGACAUGGGGAAUCUUACAAUUAGUCAAUCAUGGAAUUCCAGUCCCAGUUAUGGACGAAAUGAUUGAUGGCGUGCAUCGGUUCAACGAGCAAUCCUUCGAGACAAAAAAGGAGUGGUUUUCACAACCUAGUAGUGAAGCUGCACAGGUGACUCUGUACCAUUAUUUGAACCACAUACCACUGGCAAUCUGGAGGGAUUCCUUGGCCUAUAAUUUUCCAGAUGAAAAGAUAGAUGAAGAAGCCAUGCCUCAAGUUUGCAGAAAGGCCACAUCCGAGUACACCAAAUAUGUGCUCGAACUAAAGGAGACACUGUCAGAAUUAUCAUCUGAGGCUUUGGGGCUCAAGAGUGACUACCUAAAAGGCAUAAAAUGCAUGAACUCUGCUUAUGCAUUGUGCCACUAUUAUCCAGCAUGUCCAGAACCUGAGCUGACUGUAGGCACGGGCAGCCAUACAGAUGCAUCUUUCCUGACAAUACUCCUUCAGGACAGCACCGGUGGUCUCCAGGUUCUUCAUCAAAAUCAGUGGUUGGAUGUGCCUUGUGUGCCUGGAGCUCUAAUUAUAAACUAUGGUGACCUUAUGCAGCUGAUUACCAAUGGCAAGUUUAAAGCCGCUAGGCACAAAGUGGUGGCCAAAAAUGUCGGUCCAAGGAUAUCAGCAGCAUUUUUCUUUUCCCCGGCUGUUGCUAUGCAAACUGAACCGUAUGGACCAUUGGAGGAGCUUGUAUCUGAGGAAAAUCCACCAAUUUACAAAUCAACUUCUGCUUCCGAAUAUUUGGUUUGCUACAGGUCACAACUUGCCAAAGAUAGCAACACAUCUGCUCUUUCGCAGUUCAUGCUCUGGUCCUAAUUUAUGUUUCUUUGAUCCACAUUGAACGAAAAAAGGUUGUCUAUGGAUUUGAAAUCCGUUUACUUUAUCUAUAGAGGAAUGUUGAGUAAUCAAAGGAUACUGAAUCUUAAAAUGGGGGCUAUGGAGUCUGAUGCCUCCUAAGAAGUCGGUUGCAGUGAUCAGCCCCAAAUUUAUAUAUGCA